AUGCGCUCCUCUCUGGAGAUCAGCGAGCGCCUAAGUGGCUUGGUGGAAUCUUGCAAGAAGCAAUAUGAAUUAUGUCGGGCCCUGUACCGCAUAGCAGAGGCUUACAUCAAGGCGAAGAAGGGUGUCGCGUGUACUGCCGUACCAGCUGAGACCACCAUCACUCUACCCCUACAACAACCGACGACAGAUAGCUGGCCCUGCUUCGAGUCAAAUCUGGAGCCGAAUGCGUUUACGGACCUGCACGUCGAUGACUGGAAUGGCUCCUACAUGGGACAGAUGUCAUUCACACUGGAGAACCAUCUGGGCAAGGGCGGUCAUUAG